GUUUAAAAUUAAGAAGCGAUAUAAAUUAUUUGUAAAAAAGUAUUCAUACAUUUGAUGAUAGUCGGGCGAAUUUCAAUAAAGCUAAUCCCCGGUGAGCGUUGUGCGAAGUCAGAAUUGACCUAGUUGCCUAUAAAGCGGUAGGCAAAGCGGUCCCGGCGUCGCGACGCUAUUUUUGCCUGGCGCGUCGCUAACUUUAGAUGUACGGCCGACGGACGCUCCCUAAUAAGUUCAAGCGACGAUUAUGGUGGCCGAUGCUACCACUACCGCCGCCGCAGCCGACGAUGACGACGGAUAAAACAUAACGUCCCGCCGCGAGGCAACACCGAGCAUGCCAAAAUUAUGCCUGCCUGCGGAAAAGGACCAAAACGCGAUCGCGCGGCCGAAGACCUCGACUAUGCAAUUAUGAGCCCAAUCAUGAAGAAACGGCCAUUCCCACAAAGAGCUUAAGAGAGGCGGUCGAGCCAUAUUUAAAGUUAAGCGACGUUGAGGGAGGAUCCUUAGAGAAAUGAGUAUAAUUUUAGGAACCAACUGAGAAGACAGUUGAGGCAUGCAAUCCACAGAAGACGAGUCCUUUUAUGGUCAUCGAACAAUCCGCGAAGUUACUCGUUGUCUGCCCAUAUGUUUUUCGAAAUGUAGAUGUAUAAAAAUGAUGGCUAUAAUGAAUGCGAGCCGCUUGACGAUAUGCCAAGAAACAAUCUCAACUGAUACAGUGAAUGCUGAGAACUUGAACUUCUUCCGAGGAUUCAGUAAUGGGUCAAAGAACUUUUUUGAGAAUAUUGGGAGCAGUAGUUGUAACUCUAGUGGCAGCCAAACCAACAACUGAAGACGCAGUAGAUAUCAGCAAAAAUCACGAAACUACCGACGAUCUUCUAAAAAGCGCUCACGAACUCUUGAAACGAAUCGACGCAGAGUAUGCAAAAUGGAAUAAUAAACAAAGUGUCACUGCAUGGAAUUAUGCAUCAAAUCUAACGACGGAGAAUCUGGCAGAAAAGUUGAAAUGGUCGGCAGAGGGGGCAAACGUUACCAAACAUAUUAUUCAAAUAGUGAAUGACUUUCCUUGGAGAGACUUGAAAAAUGAUUCUAUGAAGAGACAGUUUAAAAAGCUCAGUAUACUCGGUGUCGCCGCUCUCCCUGAACAAAAUUAUAACGAAUUUGAGAUGACGGUGAGUAAAAUGGAGAACAUCUAUAGCACCGCAAAGAUCUGCGAUUAUCAUAACAAGAGCAAGUGUGAUCUUGCGCUUGAGCCAGAAAUUAUUGAGAUAUCAAAAAAUAGUCACGAUUCUGAGGAGCUGAAGCAUAUUUGGGUGGAGUGGAGGAAAGUAUCAGGCGAGAAAGUCAAGUCUCUGUACUCCAAAUAUGUUGAGCUAGCCAACACCGUGGCGACACUCAACAACUUCUCUGACUAUGCAGCAUUUUGGAUGAAGGAUUACGAGGCUGAUGAUUUCCCUGAACAAAUCGAGACUCAAUGGCAACAACUGAAGCCACUGUAUUUACAACUGCAUGCUUACGUACGACGCGAGCUCAGGAAGAAAUACGGCGAAGAUAUCGUCUCCAAGGACGGCCCGAUCCCAGCGCAUCUAUUGGGCAAUCCCUGGGCUCAGACUUGGAAUAUUGCAAAUUUCACCGUACCGUUCUCGGGCAAACAACUGCCGGAUGUUAGUGCCGCUUUGGUAGAACAAGAUUACAAUGCGACAAGCAUGUUCCGCCUCGCUGAAAACUUCUUCAUAUCAAUUAACUUAACUGCCAUGCCGGACACAUUCUGGAAAAAAUCGAUUCUGACAAAGAAGCAUGGUGUAGACAUGAUCUGCCAUGCGAGCGCAUGGGACUUCUACGAUGGCGAAGAUUUCAGGAUCAAGCAAUGUACGCGCGUUAACAUGGAAGACUUGCUAACAGCGCAUCAUGAGAUGGGUCAUAUCGAGUAUUACUUGCAGUACAAGAAUCAACCUGUAGUUUUCAAGGAGGGCGCGAAUCCAGGUUUCCACGAGGCGGUUGGUGAUGUUAUUUCUCUCAGCGUAUCUACUCCCAGUCAUCUCAAAAAGAUCGGUCUACUGACGGAUGACUCGACUGAUCGGGAGGCAUUCCUCAAUCACCUCUAUAUGAAGAGUCUUGACAAGAUUGUUUUCCUGCCAUUCGCUUAUAUGAUGGACCGAUGGCGUUGGAACGUAUUCCAGGGAAAAGUCACGCCGGACAAUUAUAACUGCAACUGGUGGACACUCGCCGAGGAAUAUCAGGGCAUCGAACCUCCCGUAGAUAGAUCGGAAGAAGACUUCGAUCCUGGCUCAAAGUAUCAUAUAAUUGCGGGCGUCGAGUAUAUAAGAUACUUUGUAAGUUUUGUGAUACAGUUUCAGUUCCACAAGGCAUUAUGCAUCGAGGCGAAGCAAUAUGAUCCGAGCAAUCCAAAUGCCAAACCGUUGAGUCAAUGUGAUAUUUACGAUAAUAAGGAUGCUGGAAAUCUGUUAAAAUCUAUGCUGGAGUUGGGUUCUUCGAAACCGUGGCAAGACGCGAUGGAGAAGAUCUCUGGUCAAAGGCAAAUGGAUGCAGCUGGACUUUUGGAAUAUUUUAAGCCUUUGACUGAUUGGCUGAUCGAAGAAAAUAAGAAAACUAAUGAAUACAUUGGAUGGAAACCCAGUAAAAAACAAUGUGUACAGACGAGAGGAGAGCUUAUGAAUUACAGCUAUUGAGCCUUUAGAAUAACAUUCUCCACUAAUAAGACAAUAAGAAAUAUAUUUUGAAACAAUGCCAGAUGUUUGAUUUUUUGUAAUACAAUAAAUCUAAUAAGAAAAUAGAAAGUAUAUUUUGAAACGAAAGCCAAGUAUUACAUUUUUUAUGAUGCAAUAAAUCUAAUGUAUAAAAAUCACUUC